GGAAACAUGACCAACAUAACAUUGCAACAGAACUCUCUUUUCGCCGAUAGUCAAUUCCAAUUAUUCGGCAACACAAAAGAGCUGCCAGAUCUGCUCAGUCCUACUUUGUGCGCUUCACCUGGGGAACUGCAUGACACCACGAACCAGAGGCAACGGAGCUCCAGCCUCCAGUUUGGACUGAUUCUCGGGACUGUGCAGCUAACCCUGGCGACAAGGCGUGGUCUCGAACCUUUCUGAGCAUUGUAGCCUGGAAUACGCUUUAUGAAAGAGGCAUUUCUGCUUACAAUCAUCCACGACAAUAGGGACAUUCAAGAUGCAUGACAACAGAACCCAUCCUCUCCUUCAGCAGGUACCACUGACUGUCUCUCCUUUCGUAUCCUUACCUACCGCAACCACGCUUCCAUACACUUACAAAACCCUCCCAUCAACAUUACCACCUUCGUCAACUGGAGCGCCAUCAUCUGGUGAAGAGAAGUCACAGUAUGUGAUAUCGUCCUCGGGUCAUGCUGCACAUCCAGACGAGAUUAUCGCAUCAUGCAAGGCUCUACAAUCAUACAUACAAAAGGUACAAGACGAUGCCGAUAAGGAAUUGAAGGCAUGGGAGGAAAGCAUUGCUGCUAGAGAGCUUGCAGAGAAGAGAAGGGUAGCACCAGGCUGGCUUGACAGUGAUGCAAGAAUCCUGCAACCAGAAAGGAGGCCCGCAAGUAGUAUUGGAAGUCCAGGAUAUCAGUCACAGGGAAAUUUGAUGGAUGUUGAUGUAUCAAGUGCUGAAGCAUCAGGCCUUCGACAUGCUCCUGUGGUUGCGACGAAUGGACCCGGAGAUGAGCUGGAUCGAGCUUUUGGAGGACUUGGACUAUCGAAGUAGGUCGUUCGUAGGAAUUUUAAUACUUAUAAGAUGUUUUAAUGACCU